AUGGCCCGUGCAGCUGCUGCGAUUCAGGCUGCUGUAUCAACGGGAAUCGGAGUGAGUCUGGUUGUGGGCCUCGUUUCCGCCAUGGUGAUGCCCGGGCUGUGCCCUACGCUCAAAGAGAAGGACGAGUUCGAAGUGAACAGGUUCAUGGGAACCUGGUUUGAAAUCUUUCGAACGCCUUUCAUCGUCGAGUACAUGGUGAAAUGCGUCAGGUUCCACUACUUGGACAAAGGUGAAGAACAGAGCGUCGCCGUCAGGCUUCUGGGUGAACGAACCACGAUGUCAUCAAUAUUCACAAGUGGUAAUAGGGGAGAUGAAAUCACAAUAGAUGGCGAACUCUUAAUGAGGGAUGGAAAUGCACCUUACGGAAUCAAGUUAAAAGCAGCCUCCUUCCAGUACUCAUCUCCUAUGUUGGUGCUUGAUUCAGACUACAGCACAUACGCCGUGCUCUGGGCUUGCGAAAACAAUCUGAUCAGUGGCAUCGUGCGAAGAGAAAACAUCUGGGUGCUGUCGAGAACUUCAACCUUGAAUGCCACGAUGCAAACCUUGAUCAUGGACCACCUCAAGAAACAAACAUACAGCUCCUACUUUCUGAUGCCUACCGAACAAAAAUCAUGUCGAACAUAUGUUUGACCCAUCAUCAAGAAUUGAAAUGAACAGGCAGCAGUUUGAUUGUAUGAUACCACCUGUAUAAUUCGAACACCUAACCGCGUUGCCGUCAUUCGGCGUCAGGUAAUGAUUUCGUUUGACAUGCACGUAUUAUAGCGUCUUACGAUUAGCGAGAACCUAGCGGGUUGUGCCACAUUUAAAAACCUACACCGAAGCCAAUAAAAAGCCUGACUUUGUUUUACUUAAUUCACCAGGCUUUAU